CGCGAGCCGGACCGGGCAGGAUACACCGCCCUGCACUACGCCAGCCGCAAUGGGCACAGCGCCGUCUGCCAGUUCCUACUGCAGAGCGGGGCGCAGUGCAACGCCCAGACCCACGGCGGGGCCACCGCCCUGCACCGCGCCAGCUAUGGGGGCCACCUGGAUGUGGUCAGGCUGCUGCUGGCCCAGGGAGCCGACCCCACCAUCACGGAUGAUGAGGACAUGACAAGCUUACAUAAGGCUGCCGAGAAGGGGCACCUGGAGCUCUGUGAGCUGCUGCUGCAGCACAGCCCCAGCCUGAAGGGCCUUCGGGACAGGAAGGCCAGGAGAGCAUGUGACCUGGUCCCCAGCAGCGGCGCCUUGCGGGACCUUCUGGAAACAGCCAGGCCAUAGCAUGCGGCAGGGCGGCACUGUCCGGGGUGUCUCCCCCUGGGCAGCCAUCGUGCCCCCAGGCUCCGAGCCUGCUGUGGUCUGACUGGAGGUCUCUCCCAAGCCGGCUCCGGGCGGCUGCUCCGAGGAAUGUGCUGCAGCGGCAGGAGAGGGGGACUGGCGGGGGGAAGCCGUGUCCAGGGCCAGGCCCUGCCGAGAUAACAGGGACUCCAAGAGCCACAGAAGCUCCUUUGCUCCCAGCCUGCGCUGUGCCACCAAGUCUGGUGGGAAACUGAGGCAGCCAGACUCUCCCUUCCCAGCUACGAGAGGCAGGUUGGCACCAUGGACCCCACCCCGGCAGGGGCUGCAGGCCCACUCCCCUGAAGGAGUCUGGCUAGGGUGAAGGCCAGCAACCUGCUCCCUGCCCAGAGCAGAUGGCAGCCUCUCUUAGGAGGACAAAGUCUGUGGCUCCUCUGCCCUGAGGAGAGGGGAGGGGGCUGGGAUAGGGUGUCUCCCUCUGCCGCUAUUUCAGGCCUCGCACUAGGCCUGUAACCGGAGCCCCCAGGAUCUGGUGACAGGAUGUUGGGCUUCAGAACCGUUAACUCUUCCCCACCUGGGCUGGUGGCAGUGUGCAGAGUCCCAGCUAUGGGGGCUGCUGUGGGGCGUGUCUGCCCUCUGCUGUGGAGCGGGGUUAGUGCCCAUCCCAACCCUAUUCCAUCGGAAAGCAGGUUGGGGGUGAAGUCCUACAAAUGUACCUCCACUUGCCAAAGAGGGAGCGGAGCAAAGGGGCACAGAACAAGCCCAGACCCCUCCCCCUCUACUGAAUAGUGAUUGACCCAGGCAGGGGGUGGCUUCUCUGUGCCCCCCCAUACUCCAUACUAAAGGGACUGGCUUUAACCAUAGGCCCAAGGAGAGCUGCCUCCUGCUCCCAGUGCUAAGCAGAGUGGGAAGGGGAGGGCUCCCCCUUUGCCCCAGCAGGUCCAGCCCAGCCUCCAGGCUGAGCACUUUGGAGGCUGCAGGGUGGGUAAGGGGGGAUCCUAGCAAGCAUCACAAGCUGGGGGAAGGGGAGAGCGCCCCCUACUGGGCUCCCUGCCCUGUUCCCUGGAGCACAGUGUCCCUAGUGCUGCUCUGGGGCUAGGACUGACUAUAGGACAGAGAGCCCCCUGCUGGGCUGUUUGCUCCCUGCCCUGCAGCA